GUUGUAAAUAAUAAUAAGCUCACCUGUACCCAGAGGUGCCAUUUUAGCAGCAAACAGAGGUUCCGCUGGAUUGUAUGCCGCAAGGAAUACGUAAGGAUGGUGAACAUUGGUGUACGGGCGCGCUGCUGAACCAGCGUCUGAUCAUCACCACAGCCAACUGCGUCUGGAAAUCCAACCGCAUGAGCCGGUUAAAGAUCCGCGCGGGGUCCAGGCACGUGCAGCAGGGGGGACAGGUGGCCGAGAUCGCCGAGGUGAUGAAGCACCCCAAGUGGAGCAUCCGGAAGAACCCUGACAACGACGUCGCCUUACUGCUCACUGAUCGGAACAUCAAGUUCUCCCACUCAUGCCACGCGGUAGACCUUCCAAAUCGCGUCAUGAUGCCAGUGUUUGACGACGCAUGGAUCGUCAGCUGGGGUACAGAACGGCGCGAUGGCAUCUACGAUAGGCAAGAAAUGACACUGCAAGUAUUCCACUCGCGGCUGAUGAACCGUGACAAGUGUAACAACAUUACCAUGCGCUUCGGUGUGUUUGUAUCGGACAACUUCAUCUGUCUAGAGCAGACUGGACGGCGCGCGCCGUGCACGAGAGACACUGGAGCGCCUGCAGUGAGUGAUGGCGUGCUCUGGGGACUGGCGUCGUGGGGCAUACGGAAGAUGUGCGGCACGGAGCGGUUCCCGGCAAUGUUCUCGUACAUCGCGUCAGACAGCAACAUGGACUUUAUCAUCAAUGCGACACACUUCAUGAUGGCUGAAGAGCGGCUGUACCCCUUCCUGGACCGGUACCAGGCGCAAUCUGACAUACUCAGGCCCGUCAGACACUGA